UUUCGCUGGUGGUCAUUAAAUUAAACUCUGGUUCGUAUCCACCGAGCGAGCGCCUUUCCCAAUGGAGGAGCGUCUACAGCGGACCGGUUGCCUUCGGAAAUCUUUUGAGAGAACACAUCUUUUUCAUUGGACCUCCUCUCUCCUGAUGUAAGGAUCUACUUUUUGAAAGGACUAGUUUAACUUCCACCCCUUCGCAGCACCCGCGUUAUUGCACCGAUACCCCUCUGAUGUCCGCCCGGUAGCAGCCACAACCGCAGCUUCCCCAGACCCCCAUCGCGUGCCGCUUGCCAAUGCAAACCAAGCAUAAGUGGGGAGAAGCGCUCCGUGGGUCUCCCUCCUCCAUGGCUUCUUUUCCCUCCAUCCCAUCCCCCCUUCCCCUCGUCUCCCUCUUCUUCCUCCUCUCCAUCCCUCCAGUGGCUCCUAUCCAGCCCCAAUGGCCCCUGCAACGCGUCCCUGUGGUCUUACCCCAGGUGACAGAGGACCGACCCGCCCCUCACUUCCAGGCUGACGCCCGAUUGGACGUCACCUCCCCAUGUGACCCAGAAUGCCACAAGAAGGCUCUUCCCCCCAGCUACUGGGACCUGCGUAGCAUCCUGUCAUACGAGACACUCCAUAGCAACGGUCGCCUCACCGAAACCGCCGUGGGGAUCUACGGGUACACCGCCCCCACCCAGACCACGCCGGCACUGCCUUCCCGACGCAAACGUCAGAUCUUUGGCCAUGACGGGCGUUUCAGCAUUGUAGGGCAAGACUUCCUGUUGAACUACCCAUUCUCGGCAGCGGUCAAGCUGUCCACCGGGUGUUCCGGAACACUGGUGGGCGACCGGCACGUUCUGACCGCCGCCCACUGCGUCCACGAUGGGAAGAACUACGUGAAAGGGGCGCAAAAGCUCCGGGUGGGUUUCCUGAAGCCAAAGCAGCGUGACUCUCCCAAUCCGGCCUCUGCCACCAAUGCAUCCAACACCCAUCCAUCACCCCCAGAUAAGAUGAAGUUCCAGUGGAUUCGUGCCAAGCGCACCCACGUGCCCAAAGGCUGGAUCAAGGGCAACGGCAACGACAUCGGAAUGGACUACGACUACGCCUUGUUAGAGCUCAAGAAGACCCACAAACGACGCCACAUGAAGCUGGGCGUCUCCCCGCCGGCAAAGCAGCUGCCCGGGCGCAGGGUCCAGUUCUCCGGCUAUGACAACGACCGGCCGGGACAGCUGGUCUACCGGUUCUGCCGGGCUGGAGAGGAGACGCCAGACCUGCUCUACCAGCACUGUGACGCCCAGCCCGGGGCCAGCGGCUCGGGGAUCUACGCUCGUAUGUGGGACCGGAGGAGGCGGCGCUGGGAGAGGAAGGUGAUCGGGGUGUUCUCAGGGCACCAGUGGGUGGAUCGAGACGGGGCGUCGCAAGAGUUUAACGUGGCAGUGAGGGUGACGCCUCUGAAAUACGCCCAGAUCUGCUACUGGAUCAAAGGAAACUAUGUAGACUGCCGAGAAGGAUGAGGAAGAGGUGGACAUGUCAUGCACAUACUGUACACACACACACACACACAUACAGAGGAUUGAUGGAGGACAAAGGGGGUCUUCACUUCCAUUGCUGAGGAAGUUGACAAGUGGACAUGUCAUUCAUACACGUGCAGAACACACUUCAUCAUGCAUUAAUACGGUUUCAUUACUAAUACAUACCAUUGUUCUGCAUGCAGAGACAUCCCUCCCAACACACAACUAGAACGACUCACAUUUACAUCCAGGAAGUCCUACUGUACAUACAUCCAUCCUCACUAACCCUUCCCAUCGCACAUUAAAUAAAAUGUAAAACAUGUAUUCGUGCCCUUCUUACUGCAUGAUCAACACUGUGCUUUGAAACACAACUGAAAGGUGUUAUGACUGAGCUUCAGAAGAUGGCUUUGACCAGGGACUCCCUGUACUUUAGAUGUCUUUGACCAGGGACUCCCUGGACCAGGGUGUUAUGAAUGAGCUUCAGAAGAUGUCUUUGACCAGGGACUCCCUGUACCAGGGUGUUAUGACUGAGCUUCAGAAGAUGUCUUUGACCAGGGACUCCCUGUACCAGGGUGUUAUGACUGAGCUUCAGAAGAUGUCUUUGACCAGGGACUCCCUGUACCAGGGUGUUAUGACUGAGCUUCAGAAGAUGUCUUUGACCAGGGACUCCCUGGACCAGGGUGUUAUGACUGAGCUUCAGAAGAUGUCUUUGACCAGGGACUCCCUGGACCAGCGUGUUAUGAGCUUCAGAAGAUGUCUUUGACCAGGGACUCCCUGGACCAGCGUGUUAUGACUGAGCUUCAGAAGAUGGCUUUGACCAGGGACUCCCUGGACCAGGGUGUUAUGACUGAGCUUCAGAAGAUGUCUUUGACCAGGGACUCCCUGGACCAGCGUGUUAUGAGCUUCAGAAGAUGUCUUUGACCAGGGACUCCUGGACCAGCGUGUUAUGACUGAGCUUCAGAAGAUGUCUUUGACCAGGGACUCCCUGGACCAGCGUGUUAUGACUGAGCUUCAGAAGAUGUCUUUGACCAGGGACUCCCUGUACCAGGGUGUUAUGACUGAGCUUCAGAAGAUGGCUUUGACCAGGGACUCCUGGACCAGGGUGUUAUGACUGAGCUUCAGAAGAUGGCUUUGACCAGGGACUCCCUGGACCAGCGUGUUAUGAGCUUCAGAAGAUGUCUUUGACCAGGGACUCCCUGGACCAGGGUGUUAUGAUGGUGAAGAGAACAUUUAAUGCACUGAAAGGAUGAAAUAGGAGGAACAAGAAGAUGUGUAAGAGAUUGGUGGAGACAGAUGCAGUUUCACUGCUAAUUCUAUAGAUUGUCAGAGCUCUGUUGGGACAACUUUUUUUCUUCUGUUAUUGCCAAUGAAUGUAACCCUGUCAUCAACCAAAGGUGCUACCCUGCUCUUAAAAAAUGUAAACUCAAGGUAUAGACUGUCACAGUACAAACGGUUGGCGUUUCAAAUGGACCCAAGUAAAAUAUCCAUAGCUCCCCCUGCUGGGGCCAAAUACAACACUACAGGCCACUUUGAUGACAGCAGUGUUGACUCUGGAACACUGACCCUCAACUACUCAUGAUCAUGAUAUGCACUUUGUCAAACCUUAUGGGUGAGCUAUUUUUCUGUUUCAAAAACAAUUGUGCAGCAAUAUAUAUAUAUAUAUAUCAACUUUAUAAUGCUUUGGAAUAAAAUGCAUAAUGUGG